AUGAAGUUGGGAAAGGUAGCCGAAGUUAGGGCAGCUAAUGCAUUCGCGGUGUGUACAGAUUGUGGCGAGUUAGGACACCAGGUUGGAGAGUGUCUCGCAAGGAUGGGUUCGAAUGAAGAGGUGAAUCAAGUAUUCGGCGAACGAAAGCAAUAUGAUAUGAAACCGAAUACAUAUCAUCCAGGUUUUCGAAAUCACCCGAAUUUUAGUUAUGGAAAUACUGCUAAUCAAAUGAACCCUAAUUUUCAGGUACCCAUGCAAGGAGGCCAACAGUAUCAGAGCCGUCAAGGUAAUUACUCACAAGGAAAUUACCAAAAUCAGGGCCAAUAUAAUCAGGGUAAUCAGCAAGGGAACUCUUCAAGUAGUGGUGGAACAAAUGAUGAAAAAUUGGAUGCUAUUAUGAAGUUUAUGAAGGACAUCCAAAAGGAUAAUGAAGUUCGAGACAAAACUUCCGAAGCAAUGCAGAAGCAGCUGGGGCAGUUAGCAGAGGAUCUAGCCCAGCUGAGAAGAGAUCCAGGUAAGUUGCCGAGCACUACCACAGUUAACCCAGCACAUCAAUCAUCUAGCUCAACGAAUGGAAGAAACGUGCACAUCAACGCGGUAAGUACUCUUCCAACUUUUGAAACUGGUAGUGUUGAAGUAACUCCGCCAUCACAAGUAGUUGAGAAGGUGGUGGAGGAUGUUGGUAAUGGAUCAGACUCUCAACGUGAUCGGGACCCACCAAGGGAUAAAAGGUGGGAGAAUUUUAAACAAGUUAAAAUUAAUCUACCCUUACUCGAUGCGAUUAAAGAGAAUCCUGAUCAGGUUGAGUGUUUGAAAGAGUUAAGUACCCAAAAACGACUUCACAAGUUUCCUAAAAAACUUGAUUUGACUUCAAAUAUGAAUGCCGUUUUGUUGGGUACCCUUCCCCCGAAACUCCAAGAUCCAGGAGCACCCAUUAUUUCAGUGCAAGUGGGUGAAUUUAAAAUAGAAAGGGCGCUAUUGGAUCUUGGAGCGUGUGUUAGUAUUCUACCAGGGAGUCUGUAUGACCAAUAUGAUUUUGGUCCAUUACAAAAAGUCAAUACCACCGUGGUGUUGGCUGAUCAGACUCCCAUGUGUCCGAGGGGGAUUGUAAGGGAUGUAAAUAUGAAGGUAGAAGAGUGUUACUACCCAGUUGGAUUCUUAGUGCUUGAUUGUGCCACAAGUUCAAAGAACACGCACCCUCCAGUCAUUUUGGGUAGACCGUUCUUAGCGACUGCUCAUGCCAUUAUCAAUUGUGUUGAUGGAACGGUAAGUAUGAGGUUUGGUGACCAUGAAUUGCGGUUACAUGUGUUUUCAGAUGCGACUAAUCAUUCCAUUUCAGGUGAACACUCAAAAGCUGAAAGUGGUGAAGAGAAUAUCUCUCUUGCAGAGGAGAUUCAAACAAAAUAUGAGUGCUUUUUGGUUGAUAGGUUUGAAGUGGCAGGGAGCAAAGCAGUAAGGAAAAAGGAAAGUGUCGCUCAUGAGGAGUUUAAAACGGCCAUUUUAUGCUUUCUGGCCAUUUCAUGA